AAAGAAUCCCUCGCAGAGACUGGCUUGAAGUCAAUGCUGAAAGCUCACACAGUAAACAUCACCGAGCAUUUCUCUUUCUCAUUCUUUCAAGCACAUACACUCAGACGUGGAAGUUAGCAGAUGAAAGGAGAUAAGUCUGGGGAAAGAAGAACAAAAUAAUGGAUGUUCAAAAAAGGAUAAGUUCUCAGCUUCAAGCCUGGACUGUCAUACUGCUUCUCGGCACAGUUACAAAAGGUCAGGCUGUGGAACUGAAGGUAUCCAGUGAUCACACAGUGUACACGUGUCCAGAAGGACUUAAUGUCACCUUUAAGUGCAGCCUCUCUGGACACCUCAAGGACAGGCAUGACUUCUUGGCCAAAUUUUGGUACUUCAGCCACAGCAAGAAUGAUACAUGUGCAGAGAAGAUUCAUAUCCGUAACACUUCAUUCAGACGGGACAACCACCAUCAGCACAAGGCACAGGGAGUCUACAUGAAUUCCGAUCACAGGGGAACAUUCUGGGUCACCCUGACUAGAUUGGUACAAGAUGACCAGGGAAUUUACUGCUGCGUUGUACACGAGCUACACAGAUUGCCAGAAAACAAGCCACACUCAAAGAUUGAACUAACUGUAUACGGGACCAUGGAGCUCAAGGUUGUACGUGCAAAUGGAACUCAGUCCUCAAAUCAAGAGUGCACCUUUCAAGAUGCUGUUGGAGAAUCAGACUCAGAAGCCACCACAGCUAUUGCACUGGCCACAUUGGGAUGUGUGAUCACCAUCUUGUCGCUUCCCUUGAUUCUGUUGCUCAUAUACAAACAGAGGCAGGAGACAGUCACCAGGAGAAGAGCCCACGAGCUUGUCCGAAUGGACAGUGAGGCUGUAGGAGUGGAGAAUCCAGUAUUUGAGGAAAUCCCAGUGCAAAAUCCAGAAAUGAAGCCAAGAGCACCAGCUAUCAGUAGCCGAAUUCAGUCCGAAUCCGGUCAACACCUUCUCUCCGAGCCCAACACCCCACUUUCCCCUGAGCCAAUGCCGCGAUUCUUCCCAGUACUGGAACUAGUGCCAGACUCUCCGAAAUGACGCAGGCACACUUGGCUUGUCCCAUAAAUGGGGCCUUGGUUGGAGCAGAUAAGCAGAGGUGGUGCGAGUUGUCAGAAUACCAUUGCAAACGGCGACACAAACAAUGAAAUAUAUUCCACCCAAAACUGGCAGUAAUAGAUGGCAAUCAGGCUAAGUUGGAAAAUCAGGACCAACGCUCCUAGUCCAAUUCAAGUUCCGACAGAGAUGUGAAUGAAGGACUAUGUAGCGGCACAUUAUGUUUUACUAACAGGGAGUCAACGUCUAUACUUGUGGUAAUGACUGUACGAUUAUCAAUUAUUAGUACACCAGAACAGUCAUAAAGUUUACUGAUGUAAGCGAGGUAACCCGGUUACAAAAUUUGGCUCGUUAGGGAAUGCUGAUUACUGCAUUUGCCUCUGCGUUGAAUAUCUGUAUGUGCUUUCCUUUAGUCCUUCUCCCUCUCCUUUCCUCCUGACCAGUGACACCCAGCCAUGGGCAUAAAGCUGUCUAACUCUCAACCUCCAGAGGGACGCUCGAAACCCUGCAUUCGGGAAGACCAAGUCUCUGCCGGAAGCUAUUGCUUUGACUCCCAAGGUCCUUGUCCUGUCACAAUUAACAGCCUCUGAUAUGCGCGCAAAGUGCAAAGUUCACUGCUUGGGCAAUGUUGCUUCAGUUUUAUCAGGGAAAAAAAAACCCUUAAAAAUGAACACUUUUAUUCAACCACAACCAUAGCUCCAGGACAUGUUACACUUUCCUCAUUUGCUUCUUGGGUUAAUGCGGGUGGCAUGGGAGUGAAGCUGACAAAGCUGCUGCCUCACAGCUCCAGCACUCAGGUUCAAUCCUGACCUCCAUGCAGUCUGUGUGGAGUUUUCACAUUCCCCGUUACCGAGUUGGUUCCCCCCUGGUGCUCCAGUUUCCUUCCACAUCCCAAGUCUGUGGGUUAGUAGGUUAAUUGGGCCAUUGUAAAUUUCCCCUUUUGUGUAGGUGGGUGCUAGAAUCAGGGGAGAGUUGACGGGAAUAUAGAGAGAAUAAAAAGUUGGAUUUAGCAUAAAUUGGUGCGGAAGGCCUCCUUUGUGCUGUGUUUGAGCAUUUUCUACAGUGACAUGUGGAAUUGGAGUUUGAGUAGGGAAGGGAGGGAAAGAGAUGAGAGACUUGGGCCCAACACGAGAAAAACAUCUAUUUCUACAGCUGGUGGGCAUUGCAGGAUUUACAUUCAAGUUCCAAUGUCAGUGUGAGUGCUGGCUUCUCAACAACAACAUAGCUGCCUCACCAAUUAAGAACAGCAAUUGGAGCAAAUAGUUGCAAGUGCAGGAAAUCCUUAAAAAAACAGAAAAUGCUGAAAUCAGCAGGUCAAGCAGCAUCAAUGGGAAAAGAAACAUAUUCAACAUUCCAUGUCAAGAACUCUUCAUCAGAAUCCGGAGUGAGAAAACAAUCAGGUUUUAAGCUGCGGAGAAGGGGACGAGUGGAGAGGGAACGUCUGUGACAGGGUGCAGACCAAUGUUGUCAUUACUUUUAAAAGAGAAAGGUGCGAAUGAAAAAGGAGAAACAGAAAGGUGCAGCCACAUCUGUUGCAGUAAGAGAAAAGAAGAUGGGUCGUUACUUGUAAUUGUCAGUUUAAUUCUUUGUCCCACUCCUACUUUGAUUUCUCUUUCUGUACCCUUCUACAUUGCUUCAACAAUGCCCAAAGCAAGCUGGAAGAAAAGCACCUCAUCCUCCAUCUGGGUAUAUGGCAGCUCUUGGGACUUGAUACUGAAUUUAUCAAUUUCAGGUAACCACCUUUUGUUUCUCUCCACAAAUGCGGCUUUAAGUUUCUGUUUCACUUUAUCUCUUCACUUUUAUCUUCUGUCCCUAACUGCCAAUUUUUAGAACAAUUGCCAUCUUGACAACCUUGGUUUCCAUCUGUCGCAGAGUUUCCAUCUGUCCUCUCCAGCUCUUCUCCUCUCUCUUGCUAUGCAACUUAAAGAACCCUUGUUUUCUCACUUUUCCAGUUCUGAUUUAAGGGUCUUCGUCCUGAAUAGAUAACUGUUUCUCUCCUUGUGGAUGCUGCCUGAUCUACUGAGUGCUUCCAGUUUAAAUAUUUUUCCCAGUGACGUACCAUAAACCUUCAUGAGGCAGCACUGCCUUUUCAACGCAAUGCUGGCCUCAAUUGACUGUGCCAUUCUCUGGAGUUAGGGUGGUCAGGGUUACAAAUCACUUUCAAAAACACUCUCCAAUAGGUGUGAUGCCAUCUCUACUUGUAAGGGGGGCAUUUGUGCAGCAGUUAAGAUACUAGAUCUGCAACAUGAGUUCUGGGCCAAUGAUCCAGAGACAUGAACUCAAAUCCCACCAAAGCAGCUCAGGAAUUCAAAUUCAACUAAUUAAUAAUAUGCAAUUCAUAGAAACCCAACAAGAGUAUUCACAAAUCCAUUUGGAAAUUCCAUUUGGUUCACUAAUCUGUUGUCCUCACACAGUCCAUCCCAUAUGUGAUGUCAAACUCACCAAUGUGGUUAACUCUUAACUAUCUCAUCAGUCCAGGGGUAAUUAGGAACAGGCAGUAAAUACUGGUAUCACCAAUGGCAUGUAAACAAACAAGCAAAAAUUAUAAAAUGCUAUUUACCAGGAUAACAGUUGACAGCAAUAGUGACAUUAAAUUUUUUCUUUUGUACAGAACUGAAAAACUCUGUUUUUAGGAAAAUGUUACUGACUGAUUGAAGCAAUCUUAGAUGGAAGUGAUAGAACUUGAUGCAGAUAGUUAUGGGUCACUUUUAAUGUAUCUGGUCCAUGGUGUUAAGCACAGAUAUCUGGGAAGGUUAGAGGGGUGGAGGAGAUAGAGAGAAAAAGCAAGGGAAUUGAGAUUGUGUUGCCUUUCAUUCGAAGGACUCCACCCUGUAUUAUGUUGCCUUCAGAACCAAGAUCAAUUAUCGGGAAGAUGUGACCAUCAAAAAUAAUUAUGACUGCUGAUAAGACCGGUCUCAGUCGGUUGUACAGGGGAAUUCAUGGUCAUACAGCAUGGUGUAGUGCUAAAGUUAAAUGAGACUGCUAACAUUCCUGUUUCAUCUUUAAUAACCACUUUAAUAAUCUCUAGAAAAUAGAUUAUUAAGACUAAUGUACUAAUUUAACACAGAUAAUCAGACAUCAGGAGAUGACACAAUCAGCUGAUUUCUCAUGGUAAAUCAGUUAAUAUUUCAUGGACAAGAACACUGUCCAAUGAUUAUAUUUAAGAUGAUGAAUGGGAGUGUCCUGAUGAGUGAGCCAGGGUAGCAUUACAGGUUGGAAAGCUCAUGGGGUGGGAGGGGCAUCUUUUCUUGGUCAAUAGCAUUAAGCAUCUAUCUGCUGUGCAUUUGAUUCCAUUGAAUUCGACAGCAGCAAAUGGCUGAAGUUUAUUACAGAUGGCAGCUGACAUUCACCCAUGCACUUAGUGGUGGUAACUAAAGAUGAAUUUCUCCCUCCAACUUUCCACCUUUCUUCUGUUGACAAGUCAAAGUUGAUAUGAACCGGGGAGCAAAACUGAUUGCUUUGUGCAAGAUCUCCAUUGGUAUGUUUUAACUAUAAAUAACUACACUGUUGGUUGACAGGAGUAGGGUAGGGGGAAUCAUAGCUGACAGGCUCACAUUGUAAUUUGCCAUCCACUGCUCCCGUGCUUCAAUCAUUCCCUCCCAUUCCUGGCUGAUCUUCACAGUGUCAGCCACGACUCACUUCUAAAGACCCAUCAAGGUCACUGCAGGAGUGCUGCCCAGUCCGCAGGGGAUGGAAGAGAUCCCACAGCACUACUUCAAAGACCAUGAGGCGAGUCUUUGUCAAUAUUCAAUUCCAACUUUUAAUGUAGGUCGUCUGCAAAAGUAAAGCCACAUCUAGCAUCAUGUUAAUUGCCAAAAAAGGAAAAACAAAAGCAGACACCAAGUGGAUAGUCACCCAUUAAUAUAACAGCCAGAGUCCAGACUGUUCAAGAUGUUAGUUAUUAUGUAAUAUCAUCUGAUGUGUUGCCCACAAAUAAAUAAUUGAAUAAUUAACAAGCAUUAUAAAGAAUUAAAACCACAAGAGCACAAAAUCUAAAAUAAGAUAAAAUAAACACCAUCUUCAUGCCAAUAUGUGGCAAAUGCAUUUCCUGUAUGACAACAGUGAUACUUCCAAAGUACCUCAUUGGCUAUAAAGUGCUUUGGAGCACCUUAGAAGGGAUGUGAAAGGUGCUGUAGAAAUUUAAGUCACUAUUUCCUUCAAGGUGAUGUCCAAACGGCAUGAAUACAUGCAGCAACUUUAAUACAGUUAACUGUUCUAAGGCACUGUUUGAGGAGGUUUAUCAGACAAGAUCAGAGAUGCCGUUGCAAUUACUGAGCCAUGCCUGACACCUCAGGCUGCACGUCACAUUGAAGUGAGCACACCUACCCAACGGAGCAAAAGAAAUGGAAAUUAUUACACAUUAAAUAGAACAUAGAAUAGUACAACACAGGAACAGGGCCCACAAUGUCUAUGCUGAACACGAUGCCAAAUUAAACUAAAUCUCUUCUGCUUGCAUAGUAUCCAUAUCCUUCAAUUCUCUGCACAUUCAUGUGUCUAUCUAAAAGCUUCUUAAACACCACGAUCAUCUCUGCUUCCACCACCAUCCCUGCCAGCCCAUUCCAGGCACUCACCACUUUGUGUGUAAAAAAAAAACUUGCCCCGUGCAUCUCCUUUAAACUUGCCCCCUCUCACCUUUAAUACAUGUCCUCUAGUACUUGACAUUUCUACCCUGGGAAAAAAGUUCUGACUGAAUAAAUAUCUCAAAUAUAAAUGUUUAAAAUGCACGGCAGGCUCAUCAGCAUCUGUAAGGAGAUUUAUGAGGAUGUUUCUAGCUUUGUAGAAUUUUAGUUAUGAGGAAUGGUUGACAUGGGAGGUUAUUUUCUUUGCAACAGAGGAUCAUGGAGGGAAAUUUAAAAUGACGAGGCAUAUUUCCUUCAACAGAGAGGUUAACAACUUAGGGCAUGGUUUAAGAUAAUUAGUAGAAAAAUCAGAGGACAGCCUAAGAAAAAUGUGAAGUGUGGUGGGGACUGGAACUUACUGCCUGAAACCCUCUUGAAAUGGAUGAGCUGUAACCAAUAGGACCUCACACCAAGAGUGUGGAUGCCAUGGACUCGGUGCCUCCUCUGUGCUCUCCAGGAUUCCCGACAGUGGGAAGACCAGGUUAAGGUUUUGAGUGCCCAAACUCUAUCCGAACUCUUCCUGAACUAUUUGCCUGUCUUCAUCCUUCCGAUGCUAUCAAACCUGCUAUAUAUUUCCAGAAUUUUGUAUUCGUAAUGGUGCAGUUUGUUGAGGCUGGUGGCAGUGAACCUUCAAACAUGAUUGAAGCAGUCUUGGUUUCUCUACCAAUCAAGUCAGUGGAAAGUGUAAAAUCUACUGGGGCUUACUUAAAGUAUUUUCCUGCAAGUUAUGUUGCACUUGAAAAUGAUCAUAAUUCUAGGCAUUUUACUUAAAUGCUGAAUAAGGAAAGAGUACUUAUAUCAACGUUUUCAACUUCCAUUUUCUAAUGUCCUAAAACAGCUAAUAAAGAGCACUUUUGAAGUUAAGUGCCUUUUGUGAUGAAGCAAGUAUAAGGGCUAAUUUGUAACACUGCAAGGUCCCACAAACAGUUGAUAGGACCCCUGUCUCCAAAUCUCUAUUCAUCCAAAGUCCACAUCAGGAACCUCUGUUCAAGGAUUCACAUUGGAUUCCUCGUCUGGUACUGUCUUUUGGAUGCAGUGCUCCAAUGAGUCUCUGUCUUCCUCUGCAUAAAGCAUUAUUUGAGGAGCUGUACUGGCCUUUAUUUAUCCCUCAUCUGAAACCUAUCCAGCCAUUUCUUCUUUCCUGUUUACAGGAGCACAAAUUAAUUCCUGUAUUUUUGACUUAAGCAGCACUUCAUACAUACUUUAUUGGCUAUGAAGUGGUUUGCAAAAUCCAGUGGUGGUGAAAAUUACUAUUUUAAUGCAAAUUCUACUUUGGAUGUUUAAAUAUGCCGUGGUGCUCUUCCAGGAAGAAUUCUCAUGGUAGCUUGGCCAACAUUCCUCUUUCAACCACAUGCACAUUGACUGUCCAUGGAAGUAUUUGGUGGGAGAUGGGAAAUGGUUGCCUUAUUUGUUGACAUAUGCUGUUCCAUUCAAAUGUUUGUAUAUAAGUAAGAGAUAUUGUACAUAACUGCGAGCCCAUCUGUCCAAGUUAAGGACCAAGGACAACUUUUGUACCUGUUCUAAACUGUCCAUUACUCAUUAAAGCCAUGCCUCAACGGGAAAGGACUUCGCACGGGUAUUCUUGUUGCCAAGAUGGUCAACCUUCACACUGGUAUAUUGGGAAAAGCAUGGCAUUACAGGAGGGGAGACUCAAUAGAACAAAUAAGCACCUUAAAAUUCACCCCAUCCCUUUUCUGUUAUGAGAUUAUUUUAAAUUUAAGUUGGUAAAUAUUAUUUCCUUUUGAAAAAAAAUCAGAACUUUUCCAUGGACACACUGCAAUACUGUCAAAAGUCCUCAUCAACACGUGGCAGGCUCUUCAGAAGAAGUUAAAUCUGACCACUUUUGCUCUGAACAGAUAAAUUGUGCAUGUACAUGCACAUAUGCAUGAGCUUAUUGGUUAUUUGGGAAAGGUUGUGGGGGAGACAUCGUCUUGCCACCUCCACACCCCAUGUAUGCUUGAGGUUGGGGUGGGGAGAAAUGACCCAAGAAUAAAAGACAACUUAAAGUGGCUGAGAAUCCAUUGUUCAUAAAGCAUGUAGUUACCAGAUCCUAGUUCAGUAAUUCUUCUUGAAAUGAAUGCUCUGCCUCUUUCCCUUCAGUGUACAAUUACAAAUAUCAAAUGCCCUUGGACACCGUGCAUGGAUUAUAUUUUUAUGUAACAAAUGUACAAUGUAUUUUUUUAACCAGACGUGUUAAUUAUUCAGAAAUAUGUAAGUUACUUUGAACAUAAGUCUUUUGUUAUUACUUUUCUAAAGUUUAAAGAUGUAACAUUUUUAUAUCAAAAUUAGCUUUAUAGAAAUUGAAAGGAUUUAACAAAUAAAAGUUCCUGUUCUGCUUUCA